GUCAAUAACCGUCAUACGAAAUAUCAAUUAUAUUCAGGAAUCCCAUUUUAGAUGAGCAUUAAUUUGGUAUAUAAUUCAUUUUUAUAUCAUUUGUAUUUUGAGCUUUACUCCCCUGAAAAAGCAUGUUUUACAACUCUGUACAAGCAUUAAGUGACAACUUAUACAAUUGUUUAAUGCGAUUGAUUUUUGUGAUGAUAUUACUGUCUUUCACCGUAUUCGGCUCUGUACUUUGCCGUCCAUUUUUGCAAACGAUCAAUAUGCAUGGAUAUGAAUGGACCGUACCGAACGAACCCGGAUGGGAACCAGGUCGGAGAAGUCUCUCACCGCAUUACCAUUCUAUUAUGUUAAACUGUUUCAAUUAUCUAUUUUAGUACUACAUGAAGCAGCUCCAAUUCAAAGUUAUUAUCUACGUAACUGUAAUUCAAUAAAGGAGUGUAAAAUUGCUGCUGGACUAUUGCGACAAGUGUUUCUAAAAUAUCCCGUAUCGAAAAAAUACUAUGAUGGAUCAAGUAAUGUUGUUGAUACAAUGUUCAAAUGGGGAUGAAUGACUCAGUAUUGUUUCGCCAAAUGUAUUAUCAUUAAAAAAGUUUUAGUCAUAGUUUGAUGAUAUGUUUAAAGAUUUAUAGUUGUAAUAAAUUACUAGCAGCAUUUAAAGCUGUGUCCUCUGGUUAAGCGCUCUCUGUUGGUAUCUUGGCAUCAACACAUGUACUAGAGAAAUUACUUCACGAUAAAUAGGUUUUGAGAAGAACCAUCAAAAACGUCGUGUAAAAUGUACCACAUAUACAUCGCACAAAAAUAUCAUGUAUAGAACAUUCUUAGUGUUUCUAAAUAGCGUAAGCAGUGUACUACAGUACAAGAGCAGAAUUGUAUAUUUACUUCAGACAAUAUGAACACCGUUCGUAUAAAAAUAGCUCACGUUCACGAGUGGUUUAGCGUUCACGUUCAAGGAACAAAACGUGAACUUUUACAGGCCUAGUUCGUACACUUUCUUUGUUGGGAUUAGCUACAAAUCUUCAAUCUAUAUGAGUCCCCACUUUUAUCAUACAGCUUAAUUCAGUUAUUUUUGUUCAAAUUUAUGUUCUCGCCAUAGAGCACACAAAAGAUUGAUUAAUCGUUCGGCUUAAUGAAGCCGGAAAUCUGCAAAAAAAGGUUUUUCUUCACGACAUCGCACAAUUUUUUCUUGAAUAUUAUUGCUCAGAACUCAGGUCGUUUCUGAGGAUUUCUUGGCCAAGGAAAAUAGCUCCGAUCGAUUCAUCGUGAUAGAUUAUCUAUAUCGAAUAGCUGAAAACUUUAUCGCACAAAGAUGAUUUAUUAACUGAUUUAUAACGACAUCUAUUUAUCGCUAUAUAAAGACUGAUCAAAAUGUUUUCCUCUAUUAUAUGUUCGAUUGUUGAUUUUCUGGGAUCUUUUUCAGUUAUUGACUACACUUUACGAGCCUUUUUCGUUCUUCUUGUGAUUGGUGAGUUCAUGUUAUACCUAUAUACCGUAGUAGAAUUUAUAAACGAUCAUCUUGUAUGAUCCUACAAAAGUCAUCAAGCAAAGGGAGUAAAUAGGAGGCUAAAUCAAAGUUGAGUUCCACGUCUAUUUUGCUGAUUUUAGCCUUCAGCGCUACUGUAUUGCGGCUUACUUAUACAGUGAGGUUAGCAGUGCCUGCUUAUCCUAUGUGCUAAUUGUGCUAUAGCACAGGGGCCCGGCUGACUUAGGGGCCCAAUCGAAUGGCUUAAAGCGUUGCAUUUUUUUAUUAUUAGAAAAAAUACAAAUUCAUGUGUUGAAAACGUUAAUGAUUAGCACAGGGCUACAAAUUUCUUAAAACGACUCUGGAGUUUAGGCGUUGAUAUUUAGCAGUUGAGGCCGCUAGUUUUCAAGCAUAUCUGUUUAUUUUAUUCCUUCAAAUAUCCUUCCUUUCAUUGACAGAUAUUGUCAAUCUUUCUGUUUCAUUUAAAUAAAAGUGUACUUAAUAAAUUCAACAUUGAUCUUGUUCAGUGUAUUUGUACUGGCUAAGUUUAUAUUUUAGACUAAUAUGGUAUUUAAACGAAAGAAAAAACUUGAAAUAUCAAUGCCAAAAGACUUUCAACAUAAAUUACACACCCAUUUUGAUAAAGAUAGUAAUACGCUCAUCAAUUUACCGCCACAAUGGACAAGUAUAUUGAAUAAUGAUGAAAUUGGUGCAGUAGCCGCUGUGGCUGCAGCCACACAAGUAAUAAGAACUCAUCAACAACAACAAAGAUAUCAACAUUUUGAGAGACCAAAACCUUGGGUUGAAGAUCCAUGUAAACUGACGCCAACAGCUUUAGAAAAUUUAAAAUUACAAACAAUUGUCCGUGGAGGUGGCCAACAACAGCACGCUUCUAAUCAGUCAAAUGUCGAUCGAUCAAAUACAUUGCGUCAUACUAGUCCACUACAUUCAAACAAUAAUUUUCAAUUUCAGCAACAACAGUUAAAUCACGUUCUUCCACCUCUACGUCCAAAAAGUGUCGAUGAUUUACAAAAUCCUCAUCACAGGCCUUUCGAUUAUGAAUCAGAAAACGUUUCAAAUAUGAUGAUUUAUCGUCAACAACAAUAUUUAACUACAGGACGUAAUGCACAUUUAGAUAAACUGUACAAUUUAAAACCGACUUUGUCACCCACUACUCAUACCCUCGAUUAUCCUCCACAACAACGACAACCGAAAAAACCACCAACAACAAACAAUUAUCAAAAUGAUCUAAUACAACAACAACAACAACAGCAAGAUUUUGUUGAUGGACCACAAACAAUUACAGCGAUACCCGACUACGGUAGACUACACGAUGGAUUAUCACCUGCAACACGAAAUAAUUAUAAUGUACAACAAUCAUCAUCAAGUGAGUUGCAUCAGCCAGCAAAGAAACAGCAACACACAUAUCAAAACGGGGUGAAUGGAAAACAAAUAGGAAAUGGACAAGCAGCAACUACUGUACCACUGGUUACGACGACAAGAGAUAAAAAUGAUGGAACAGCAAAAUUAUCCCAUGAAGGCUUUUUAAACGCACUGCAACUAGUUGUUAGUAAACAAGAUCCUCGUUUAAUGUAUGAUCAUUUUGUGAAAAUUGGUGAAGGUUCAACGGCGAUUGUUUGUAUUGCCAGCGAUAUUUAUUACAAAAAGCAAGUUGCGAUUAAAAAAAUGAAUAUAUUAAAACAACAGCGUCGAGAAUUAUUAUUUAAUGAAGUUGUUAUUAUGAGAGAUUAUAAACAUAAGAAUAUUGUUGAAAUGUACGGCUCAUAUUUAGUUGAUAAUGAACUAUGGGUGGUUAUGGAAUAUCUUGAAGGUGGUGCAUUAACCGAGCUAAUAACACCUCUACAAACAUCACUUUCAUCUCAUCUUGCUGUCGAUAGUAUGAUACAACCACGUAUGAAUGAACAACAAAUCGCUACUGUUUGUAAAUCUGUCUUGGAAGCAUUAGAAUUUUUGCAUUUAAACGGUGUUAUUCAUCGUGAUAUUAAAUCAGAUUCAAUUCUUCUAGCAUCCGACGGUACAGUAAAAUUGUCGGAUUUUGGCUUUUGUGCACAAGUAUUGCAAACACAAGUAUCAAAAAGAAAAUCACUCGUUGGUACACCAUAUUGGAUGAGUCCAGAAGUAAUUCAACGUACUCCGUAUGGUACAGAGGUCGACAUUUGGUCUUUGGGUAUAAUGGUUAUUGAAAUGGUCGAUGGUGAACCGCCUUACUUCAAUGAGGCACCAUUAACAGCUAUGCGUCGAAUUCGAGAUAUGCCACCACCCAAAUUAAAAAAUCAUCACAAAGCAUCAUCUCGUUUACAAGGUUUUCUCGAACGUACAUUAGUUCGUGAUCCAUUAUUACGUGCAACAGCCACUGAAUUAUUGGCUCAUCCAUUUUUAUGUUUAGCCGGUAACUCGUCAUGCUUACAACCAUUGAUGGGAUCAUCAAAAACAAAAUUUAGUCAAUAA